CGACUGAUUGCGCCUGCCAGCCGCCCUGAUCCCACGGCACUUCCGCAUCCCUGACUCCUCGAACGGGGCGAGAUUGUUACUAUGGCAACCAGGCACCGGCGGCGGGGGGGCUCGGCUCCCUCAUGGGCUAAACCAGGCAAACCGGGGGAGCGGCCUGGGGGCCCUAAGAAGAGCCGAGGGCGCACCAGCUGGAAGAGCCUGCUGAUAUGGGGGGUAUUUGGAGUGACCCUGGGCCUUAUGGCUGGCUACUAUCUCUGGGGAGAGCUGAUCACCGACGACAGUGUGACUGAGGUGUUGGCAGCGCAGCGAGAUGCCGUUGCGCAGAGGUUCUUCCAUGUGCCCUGCUCGCAGGAUUACGAGAGCCUCAAGCAGUUUGAAGCUUGCACGCCGAGGAAAUGCGGACGAGCCGUGACCGACUCGGUUAUAACGCUCCAGGAGGCUGAGAAGAUGCGCAGAUUAGCCGAGGCCGGCCUCUCUCUUGGGGGAUCCGAUGGAGGGGCAUCCAUCCUAGACUUGCACUCGGGGGCCCUGUCGAUGGGAAAGAAGUUUGUAAAUAUGUACCGGUUCUUUGGGGACAAACUUAAAGAUGUGAUGUCUGACGAAGAUUUCAAUCUUUAUCGGGAGGUGCGACUGAAGAUCCAGCACGAAAUCGCAAGAACCUUCAAUAUAAGCGUUUCCUCCCUUCACCUUACCAAACCCACCUUUUUCUCACGCAUGAACAGCUUGGAAGCCAAAACCGCUCAUGAUGAAUACUGGCACCCCCAUAUUGAUAAGGUGACCUACGGUUCCUUCGACUACACAUCCUUGCUCUACCUCUCAGACUACUCCCAAGAUUUCGGCGGGGGCCGCUUCGUCUUCAUCGAUGAAGGUGCAAACAGAACAGUGGAGCCUCGAACUGGUCGCCUUUCAUUCUUCACUUCCGGAUCGGAGAAUCUUCACCGGGUGGAGAAAGUGAGUUGGGGAACGCGAUACGCUAUAACUAUCUCUUUCACGUGCAAUCCUGAGCACGCCAUUGGGGACCCGACCUGGACAUGACACAUUUCACUCCACUCCUAUCUUAUUCCUUAACCCCCCUGACAGUGAUGUUGGACCGCGGAUCAGUUGGGCUCAACCUAUAAUCAGUAACCAAUUACUGAUUAGACAUAUGGUGCUCAACAGGGUCAGCCAAGUAGACUCAACCACUCCAAGAGGGGGGCAUUCUCCUUCCCCCCUCCCUUUUCUACUUUCCAUAUCUGCAUCAUUAGUUUUUACAUUUUGUUUUCCCCUAGAUGUAUAAUAUUCUUUCAUCGGCUAAAUCAGGUUUCAUGAGUUUGUAUAUCUGCGUGGCAUACCUUUUCCACGCCACAAUAAUCCUGUGAUCAAAUUGAACAAAAUGGGUUUGGUUCUACAAAAAAAAUCCAGUUAUGUGCAUCCCUUUUAUUACUUUGCAAUGAGAUGUUUCCAAAAUGAAAAUACUGUGAAAAAGAAAAUCCGAGCAUGGCGGCCAUAUUAAAACCCUGAGCAUUGAUUGGGGUAUUAGAAUCCUUGGUAACUUGAUUUAAUUUGUGUUUGUAACUCGGCUACACGGGUGCAUCCCAGCGUUCUGAGGGCGAGUCUUUCUGCAAUGGGACCAAAUUGGGAUCAAAGACUUUUAAGGAGGGUAAUACAUUCUGAUUGGAAUAAAUUCUUUUCUACCACAAA